AGGCUCCUAGCUAUUGGUUCUUUGCAGCCAUAAUAGAGAUGGUAUUAUUAUUGCUUUAUUUAUAAUUAUUAUCAUUGUAUUAAUUUUGUUUUCAUUGGGUAUAAUAGUGAUGGAUUCUAGGAGAAAUAAAAUUAUUAAGAUUAUCUUGCAAGAACAAGAAGAAGACGAUGAACUAUUUUUCCUUUUGGUUCCCGCUUUAUAUGCUUCCCUUUAUGAGGAAAAGCAUCCAGUUCACACAUCAUCUUUAUCUGGGGCUACAAAGGUUAAGGAAAUAUUAGAAGGCCACGAGAGUUGGUCUAGGGUUGAGUUUCGGAUGGAACCUGAGAUUUUCAAGUCUAUCGUGGAUUACCUUAGAAGAGAGAAUCUAUUGAAAGGCACGUCGUGUGUUGCUAUCGAGGAGCAGUUGGCAAUGUUCAUGUACAUGAUUUCGCACAAUGCUAGUAAUCAAGAUCUACAAAAAUACUUCCAACACAGCGCAGAAACAAUUCAUAGGAAGAUAAACAGGAUUUUUGACUUAAUUCCAACUCUAGCCCAAAGAUUUAUAAAGAUUCCAAGUUCACUCCAGCCCCACCCGAAGAUUGUUUCGAACAACCGCUAUUGGCCAUAUUUCCAGAACUGCAUUGGUGCUAUAGAUGGAACACAUAUCCCCAUCACUAUUGCUGAAGAUAAGGCACCCCCAUUUAGGAAUAGGAAAGGAACCCUCUCACAGAAUGUCAUGGUUGCAUGUGAUUUUGAUCUGAAUUUCACAUUUAUUUCAUGUGGGUGGGAAGGGUCCGCAUCAGAUGCAGGAGUUCUUCGUUCUGCUAUUAGCAAGGGGUUUCAUGUGCCAAAUGGAAAAUUUUAUCUCGUAGAUGGUGGAUAUGCAAACACGCCUUAUUUUCUUGCACCAUAUCGAGGAGUUCGGUAUCACCUGAGUGAAUUUAGGAGGCGGCGCUCAUCUAAUACGGGCUAUGCCGACCAUAGGGAGCUGUUCAACCAUACCCAUGCAAUCCUCCGGAACCACAUCGAAAGGAGCAUUGGUGUUCUGAAAAAACGUUUCCCUAUCUUGAAAGUGGGUAAAGUAGUGGUAGAGUGA